AAAGGACUCGACAGGGCCACUGGAGGAGAGGUGGCCAUCAAGAAAAUGAGUCUCAGAGGGCAGAACAGGGAACGAGCUGUGAAUGAGGUCGUGGUCCUGAAGGACAAGAAGAACCCCAACAUUGUCAACUCUUUGGACAGCUUCCUUGUUGAUGGAGAUCUCUGGCUGGUGAUGGAAUACAUGGAUGGAGGAACUUUGCAGGACAUUGUCAGACAGACAUGCAUGGCUGAAGGAGAGAUGGCAGCUGUCAGUUGGGUGUGCACAGAUGAGACCUACAGACCACGAUUCUCCUCUGGAGAGGAAAGGACAAAGUGGGGACACGUGGAAGACAACGUGAAAACACUGAGGAAUGUGGGAGUAAGGAAGGGCUUCAGAGGGAGCUUCAACCUCAUCAAUCACCACAAGAUCCACACUGGAGAAAGACCCUACAAGUGGAGCCCAUACCCUCACUCCUCAAGGCCCAGUCCUUUGCCCAGUGGGAGAUGCAAAAGCAUCUGAAGCGAGGAUUCCACUGACCUCUGAGGGGAAUUUUUCACAGCCCUGAGUAGGAGGAUGACAUAAGGGCUUAUAUGUAAACAAGAAAGACCGGAGACUCAUGGGAUGCACACAGACUAAUAAGAACCCAGAGACAAUGAGCCACACCAAAAGGAAGAAAUAAAGACAGCACCACUGAACGAGGAAGACCCAGAGGAGUGCCCUGACUUCCUCCCAGGAGCUGACAUAACCACAAAGGAAUUCAACCAGGAUGACAUCCUGGACUCUGAGUAAAAGAAGUCGAGUGUUCCUGUGGAUUCCCAUGAGGAUGGAAGCUUUGACCCUGCCGUGUGGCAAAGUCAACCUUCUCCUCCUUCGCAUGGAAUCUGGGAGCAGUGGUGGUGUGUGACCCCUUGGGCCCCCACCCAAGCUGCUUCUUUGAAUAAAGGCAUUAAGAAGGACCCCUAGUCCUUCCCAAUUCAUUUUACUGCUCAGUGUUAAGCUUUUAGGCCAUGUUUCUUUUAGUCCAUGCCCUCACUGUCUUUUGUCCCAUGCACCUAAACACGACCCACACCCCCCUAGAGAAUUCUCAGUUCAUGUUUGUUUUGGUUGCCUGGUUUUUGUUUGGUUUUGUUGUUGCUUGUUUUCCCUUGCUGUGCCUUAGCUGUCCUGUAGGCAGUAAAGUGAAUCUUGCCAAGGAACUUGUUGUGUUUUGUUGCCAAAUAUUAAAUCUGGCUUUUGCUCAU